AUGAAGUUCUCAAUCACAAAGCUGAUCACUCUUCUUGCUGUUACCCAAAACGCAUCAGCUUGGUUUGUGAGAUUCAUGAACGAGGACAACAACUGUGAAGUCGGUGGGGAGACAGAGUACCAGAUCUUCACCGGUGAAAAGUUUGACUGUUACAACUUCGGUGCAAGCUUGAAUGAAGGCACUGAAUGCGAACACUUCCGCCAAGGUGGCGGUGAGAAGCUAUGGGAAUGCAAGGGCACAUUCGUUGCGAAAUCUGCCAUAACCAAGCCGGGUACGGGCUCUAACUGCAGAUUCUAUGCCCUGAAUGACUGCAGUGGCGUCGGAACAAAUGGAGAUCGCGACACGUGUGUCCCCGUUAGCCAGAUGAUCGGAGAUGGUAGUAGUAUCCCUCAGCGUAUUGUGUCGUUCAGAUGUGAAAACACAGAGGAACCUGCUUAA